AUGGCGGGCGGGGCCGAGUCGUUGCUCGCCAAUGUGAGGGGCAGGGGGUUCCUGCAGCACACAGCGAAACCUCUGGGGCGCGGCCCCGGGGCGAAGGCCGGGACCUCCUGCGCCGGCCGGCUGCUCGCCGCGCCGCCACCGCCGGCCGCGGCCGAGCCGCCCUGCGCGGGGCGGCCGCUCGCCGCCGCGGCGCCGCGGGGCGGCCGCUCGCCGGGCAGUCCGCUGCGCGGCGCGGGCGCGCCCACCGCAGCCGUGGCCAUCGCGGCCCAGGUGCCCGCUGCGCCCGGCGGAGCUGCUGCAAGGGUCCCGCCAGGGCCGCCGCGGCUCGCCGCGCCGGCCGUGCCGGUGGUGCUUGCCGCGUCGGCGACGCCUCCGCUUGCGGCGGGUGUGCCCGCGUGGUCGCUCGGCGGGCAGCCUCUGCCCACGUCGACGGCGCUCUUCCCGAGGUCCGUCUCCUUUCCCUCGCGGGUCCCCCAGUGGUCCACCGCCGAGGGUCGUCGCGCUGCCCGGUCUACCCGCUCAGCACGCAGGUCUGCCAGCACCCCCGGCGGGGGAUCAGCACCUGACCUUGGCGCAGGAGCUGGUGCACCGACUGUGGCCAGUGAUCGUGACUUACGCGGGGAAGACGGUGAAGGAACAGCUGCACAAGCAAGCCGUGUACGGAAGUGA